AUGCCGCUGGUGAAAAGGAACAUCGAGCCGCGCCACCUCUGCCGUGGAGCUCUCCCCGAUGGCGUGACCAGCGAGUUGGAGUGUGUGACCAACAGCACCUUGGCCGCCAUCAUUAAGCAGCUGGGGAGUCUCAGUAAACACGCUGAAGACAUUUUUGGAGAGUUGUUCAAUGAAGCCAAUAGUUUCUACCUGCGGAUGAACUCCCUGCAGGAGCGGGUAGAUCUGCUGGUGAUCAAGGUCACUCAGUUAGACUCCACUGUGGAAGAAGUUUCCCUGCAAGACAUCAACAUGCGGAAAGCUUUCAAGAGCUCGACCAUUCAGAACCAGCAGGUGGUCUCUCGCAACUCCAUCCCCAACCCUGUGAUGGAGAUGUACCAGCGCUGCGACAAGCCCCCGCCACUCAACAUCCUCACGCCAUACAGAGAUGACAAGAAAGAUGGCUUGAAGUUCUACACGGAUCCUUCGUAUUUCUUCAACUUGUGGAAAGAGAAGAUGCUGCAGGCAACGGAGGACAAGAGGAAGGAGAAACGGAGGCAGAAGGAGCAGCGGCUGGUUGAAGAUUCCACCCGGGAAGUGAAGAAAGUGCGGAAAGCUCGGAACCGGCGGCUGGAAUGGAACAUGAUGGCCUAUGAUAAAGAAUUCCGACCCGAUAACAGGUUCUCACCAUCCCCAUAUCACAUGGCCUCAUCGGAAGGAUCACUAUCCCCAGAUAAUAGAUCUUAUGCGUCCGAUGCAGCUGAUCAUUCAUACCCAGCCAGCCCUAACCACCAUGCCCAGCAGAUCUUAGCGCCCGCCUCCCACCUCUCAGCAGACAACAAAGAGGUCAUCCUGGUGGCCGGUCAGGGCCAGGAGCAUGUCUACAGGCCCUCAGUGGCAGGAAGCCGGCAGAACAGCCUCAGUCGGGUCCAGCAGCCUCACGUGCCCCUGCCGCCGGAGACUAUGCUGAACGGGCCAAGACCUCAGAUGGCCAAGGAUUAUGGGUAUGCAUUCCAAUUCACGGCCUCACCGGCUCACUCGGCCUCUCCCCCUGCCGCCGCGGUGGAAGCACGGAAGGCUCAGAUCCCGCUGAUCCCCAUGAGCGACGCUCGGAGCGACCUGCUGGCUGCGAUCCGCAGAGGAAUCCAGCUCCGGAAAGUCCAGGAGCAGUGGGAACAGGAGGCUAAGAAGGAGCCUGUGGGGAAUGACGUGGCCACGAUCCUUUCCCGCCGGAUUGCUGUGGAGUACAGUGAAUCAGAUGACGACUCUGAGCUGGACGAGAACGAAUGGUCAGACUGA